AUGCCGGCAACUCUCCGCAAGCAGCGGCAGCGCGGCCGCAGCUCGCGGAGAGGUCCGCGGAGCCUGGGCGCGCUGAUCUCAGCGCGCGCAGGCUUCGGCAUGCCGGCAACUCUCCGCAAGCAGCGGCAGCGCUGCCGCUGCUCGCGGAGAGGUCCGCGAAGCCUGGGCGCGCUGAUCUCAGCGCGCGCAGGCUUCGGCAUGCCGGCAACUCUCCGCAAGCAGCGGCAGCGCUGCCGCUGCUCGCGGAGAGGUCCGCGAAGCCUGGGCGCGCUGAUCUCAGCGCGCGCAGGCUUCGGCAUGCCGGCAACUCUCCGCAAGCAGCGGCAGUGCUGCCGCUGCUUGCGGAGAGGUCCGCGAAGCCUUGGCUGGACAGCUUUUGAAGGCAGGUGGGGGGACAAGACUUUCGCCCCCGCCAACCUUCAGAAGAGGUCCAGGACCUCUUCUGAAGGCUGGCGGGGGCAAAAGUCUUUGUCCCCCUGCCUGCCUUCCCAGGGGCUUUGAAUUGCCCCGGACAGCGGAGAAGUCCUCCGCUGUCCCGGGGCAAUUUUAGAAUGCCGCCCGCCAGCAUUUUAAGAUCGCCCCGGACAGCGGAGAAGCCCUCCGCUGUCCCGGGGUUUUUAAAAUGCUGGGGUGGAGUGGGAAGAAAAGCCCUUGUCCCCCCCAGCCUUCAGAAGAGGUCCGGGGACAGUCUGUCCCCCGGACCUGGUCUGAAGUCGGUUUCCCUAGGAACGCAUUAAUUGAUUUUCAAUGCAUUCCUAUGGGAAACCGUGCAUCGCAAGACGAAAAACUCGCAAGAAGAAAAAACUUGCGGAACGAAUUAAUUUCGUCUUGCGAGGCACCACUGUAUACACACCAAUAAUGAAAAACAUGGGUUACAUCCACCCACACAAGCAUUCUAAACAGAAUGUAGGGCUGAGAUAGUAAUCUAUUCAUAAUAUUGUUCUUGCCAAGCACCUUACACGGCUCUUAUAGCUGCCAUAAGCUUUAACAAAGUUGGUGGUCUCUCAUAAAGUAAGAAAUAUAGAUCUUUCUGUAUUGCAGUGACACACAAAUGCAUUCAUCAAUCCUUUAGCUAAGUAGGUAGUGCAGUGUUUGUCAAAUGUUCUGUAAAUUUAGUCUGCCUUUCAAACCCUACUUUUUUGCUCUACAACAGACAGCAAAAUAAUUUUCUAUCAGUACUACAAAUGUAUAUUUUAAAAGACAUAAGCAGUAUUAUUGGAACAGAAUCUGAGUAUGAUAGGGAGUAGGAAGAAAUUCAAUUUAGUUUGCAUUUAAAGACAAACUUACCAAAUCUGCACUUUCUGAAAAAAAUAUGCAAACUGAAACAAAGCUAGCCUUUGAAAUUUGCAUUUAUCUCACUUCUGCAUGGUAGUUCUCCAGUCAAGUAAUGUGUUCAAAAAUGCUUAUACUAGUGUAAAGUGAAGAUAAAAUGCAUAUAUUGCAUACAAUAACAUGCAAUAAUGCACAUAUUACAUGCAACAGCAUAUAAAAUGCAUUAUAUUUGAGCAAACUCUUUUGCAACAAUGUAUAUCUUCUAGGGAAAAUUGCAUACAAAAAUGUGUAUAUUGGAUAAAUGUACACUAAAAUGCUGGUGAAUAUCCAUGAGGGUUUAAAAAAAGAAUCCCAAACUGGUAUGGAAAUGUGGAGAACUGGAUAUAAUAUUGGAAAAAUAAUAAAAUGAGAGUAACAGAUUCACCCAGGAAGAGGGAGGGAGCAAGGGAGCCUGUUUUCAUAUCCUUGCAGUCACCUAAAUUUCCUGCUGUGUCUGGCCACACCCUUAAAAACAAUUGUCCUAUAGACAAUGGCUAUGCUUAUGGAUUUGGGGGAAACAGGUAUAGGGAACACAAGAAGCUGUCUUGUAUGGACUAAAUCCAGUAUUAUAUACAUCAGUAUUACGCAGAACAUCUUGAAACUCCAGCAACCCCUGACUUCAAGAGUUUGUUAUUCUCAUUGAUUUUAAAGCCUAUUCUGCUGCUUUAUUUCUAUUGAAUGCUCUUUUGUGUCUAGCAUUUCUCUUGUUAAAUAAAAUAAAGCAUUGGGGGAAAGGUGGGAAUGAUAUUCCCCUGAACCUCCAUCCUUUUCUUAAAUUAUACUUAUGGGUGUGUGUUUUUUAAGGACAGAGUUCAUUCACCAUUGUCACACAUUCAAGGACAAGAAGACUCAAGAACUUAUUAAAAUGCUGCAAUACACAUGUUCUUUAUUGUUUUUCUCAAGAAGAAGUUAAUUAAACAGAAGCGGUGAAGAUUAAUGAAAAAACCUUCAGUCUUCUUGUCAUCAGUCAAGUUCAACAUAUGGCUCUCCAUCAGCAUUACACCAAAAAAAGAGCCUUGGUAAAAUAGUGAUUAAUAUAGUAGAUCAUGAUGAGGAUGAAAUUAAAAGGCUGUGUUUGUUUUGGCUUGACUUGCAAGCAGAAGGUCCAAGGUUCAAUCCCAAGCAUCCCCACGUGGGGUUUAGAGUGAUGCCUGCCUGAAACCCUGAAGAGCUGCUGCCAGUCAUCAUCAUUUAUCAUCAUCAUCAUCACCAUCAUCAUUAUUAUUGGCAAGGAUGGCAUGAAGAAGUCAUGAUCACUCUGUUGCUCAGCUCUGCAGCUGGUAGAAGCACAAUAUGGGCUUCCACUGGAAGCAUGGGCAUUGGUAGUCCCACAGGCUGCUCAGUACCACCCUAUUGGUAUCCUUGCCCCAACUGUGGGAGUAGACAGGAAGGCCUAUUUUCUCUGACUGGUACCAUACAGACAUGGUCUUCAACAUCCUCCUUCCUUCAGCUCAUGAGUAGCCCCUCUGUGGCUUUAGGAAGGCAGGCUCCACCCCCCACAAAACAGGGCAGGGAAGCCCUGAGGUCCACAAGCCAGAGAAGAAUCAUAGAAUCAUAGAAUCAUAGAGUUGGAAGAGACCACAAGGGCCAUCGAGUCCAACCCCCUGCCAAGCAGGAAGCACCAUCAGAGCACUCCUGACAUAUGGUUGUCAAGCCUCUGCUUAAAGACCUCCAAAGAAGGAGACUCCACCACACUCCUUGGCAGCAAAUUCCUUCUUCCAGCAAAAUCAGAAGAAGAAGAAGAAGAAGAAGAAGAAGAAGAAGAAGAAGAAGGAGGAGGAGGAGGAGGAGCAGCAGCAGCAGCAGCAGCUUCUAUGGCCAGUGCCAGUCACAUGGCAGUUGCAAGAGCCACCAGCCUCAUAGCAGUGGAUGACAAAUUGUACAGCAGAUACUGCUUCCACCAUAGGCCAGUGUAA